AUGGACCAAAAUGGAGCCAGCAACGGGGAGGAUCCAAAGCCCAAGCUGGAAACCUCACCACCGGCCUCAAGAUCGGGCAAUGGCAAUGGCAAAGGUACUGGUACUGGUACUAGUACCAGUACCAGUACCAAGCGACGGCGCAAGGUGAAUCAUGGUACGUCAAGCAGGCCCAGCUUCAGUGCUCUCUCUCUGAAACAGUCGCAGCAAUUGCUGACCUUGGAACGUGUUCCUGCAGCUUGUGUGUAUUGUCGACGAUCUGAACGCCCAUGUGCCCGCUGUAUAAAGCGAAAUAUUGGGCACCUUUGCCACGAUGAACCCCGCGAACCGGAAUCGACCACGAAGAAGUCCAAGAGGCAGCAUAGCAGUUCUGCCCCGGAGGACGAUGACACGGCACAGGAUCAAGCGCAGACAAGCUUAGAUAGUGGAAUAAGCAAUCCGGUCGAGGCUCCCCAAGAUACAUCGGAAGAAAGUAACCUUACACUGGGAACGUCAGCACUCUCCCAAGGUACUCCUUUACAACUCGUUCAACCGUCAGCUGUUUCGGGGAUUCAAGCAAAUGCUCUUAAUAGCAAUAGCAAUCAAUUUAUUGGAUAUUCAAACGACUAUCUCGGGUCACAAAAUCAGUAUCAAGAUAUGCAUAACUACCACCCCUCGUAUAUGUUCAACGCCCCAGAAGUCACGACCGAGUACAACCUCCUAAACGACUUUUUGAAUAACAGCUUGCUCGACGACGGUGCAUUGCUUCCUGACGAUACCUCGAACUUUUAUUCUGAUCACUCUGGUGCUAUGUUGCCAGGAGGAGCGAACAACGCCGCGGGAACGCAACAACCAGCUAGUCUAGGCGCACCAAGUAAUGCUCAAGGCAGUUCGAUAUCACGGCCAGCCAGUGUUCUACCAACUGACAGGGCGCGAGAAUACUAUCUUCAAGCUGCGGAUCCCACUGGAAACGAUGCCCCUGAGGAGCGAAUGCAACGCCUCCUUCGGGCAAAGUAUGACGCUGGUAUGCUGAAACCGUUCAAUUAUGUUAAGGGCUAUGCCCGGUUAUCAGCCUACAUGGACGGCCAUAUACACGCAACCUCGAAACAAAAGAUUCUUCGCCAGCUAGAUCGCUUCAGACCGAAGUUCAGGGAGAAAAUACAUGCCUUGACAGAUAUCGAAUUGAUAUAUGUGGAGAUGUGGUUCGAGCGCAGUCUUAUGGAGUACGACAGAGUUUUUGCGAGUAUGGCUAUACCCGCAUGUUGUUGGAGGCGGACUGGUGAGAUAUUUAGGGGUAACAAGGAGAUGGCAGAACUUGUUCAUGUUCCCAUAGAAAAACUGAGAGAUGGCAAAAUCGCAUUGCACGAAAUUCUUUCAGAGGAGUCUCUUGUCAAUUACUGGGAAAAGUUCGGCGCGAUAGCUUUUGACCAGACGCAGAAGGCUCUCCUAACAAGCUGCUCAUUGAAGAAUCCAGACGACCAGUCCAAGGAUCCGACAAUCAAAUGUUGCUUUUCAUUUACGAUAAGACGAGAUGAUCACAAAAUACCUUCCUUGAUCGUCGGCAAUUUCCUACCUCAGGAACCAGUGAAGCAUUAA